AAACAAAAACUUUGGCCAGACAGAUGUUUGCGGACCAGACUUUUAUAUGCUGAUUCCAGAUUCAGUCUGUUUCAGAGACAUCAAUUCAGACACAGAAUUUUGUUAUUUAACAAUAGACACUGUAAAAUAUUAUUUGCAACAGUUUGACAAGGAAUUGGACAUUAAAACAGUAAAGACAUUCUACAAUGAAAAAAUUGUUAUCUUCCUCCGUGUAGGCAAGGAUGGAGAUAAAUUCUUUGUCAAGAGCUGUUGCCAUGCAGAAAUGAAAAAAGGUGUUACCUAUAUGGUAGAUAUAGCCUUGAGUAGUGAUGGUGAUAUCAACGAAACUCAGUGCGAGUGUGCGGCUGGCAUGGGCCCAAAUGCCCAUUGUAAACAUGUGUGCACAGUGUUGUAUGCUGUGAACAUUUUUUGUUCUACAAAAACUGUUAUUACUGAGGAAACAUGUACUCAAAAAUUGCAGACAUUCCACCAUUGUAAAAAGUUUGUAGGCAGUCCACUGAAAGCCAAGCAGAUGAAUUUACCUCGCGCCGACGAGUUCACAAACAUGGAUUUUGAUCCUCGGCCAGCCAACUUGCGAAACAACCCUGGGUACUCAGAUUUUUUCCGGAAUCAUUGCUUAAAUUUUUUGGGAAUUUCAAAAAUGCCCAUUUUCCAACUGAUCCCACCUGCUAACAGUUAUGCAGUGGCACUGGACCAUGACUACUUGGAAUUGACCCCACAGGACAGUUAUUUGGAAGCAAUAUUUGUAUCUAAAAUAACAGAAGAUGAGAUUAAGAAUAUUGAGAAGCAAACCUGUGGUCAGGGGAAAAAUCCACUCUGGGCAGAUGAGCGGACCAAACGUCUGACAUCGUCAAACUUCGGCAGGAUUUGCAAAGCAACCGACCGCACAAAUAAAAACAAACUGGCAAAGUCGAUGGUGACUGUUACAAGUGUUAAGGCACCGUCUCUUACACACGGUUUGAAAUAUGAGCAUGUAGCACUUUCCAAAUAUAUGUCAUUAUCUGGAAAUGUAGUGAAUAAUUGUGGAGUUGUUGUAUCAAAGGACUACCCCUUUUUGUCCAGCUCGCCAGAUGGGAAAAUAGACAGUCUACAGAUCGUAGAAGUGAAAUGCCCAUACACUGCGAAAGAUAAAUUAAUAUCCUCAGUCACUGUACCUUACUUAAAGAUGGAUACAAACUCAAAGUACUAUUUGGAAGAAAAACAUGACUACUAUUACCAAAUACAGGGUCAGUUACUUUGUACAGGAGCACAGGAUUGUGUGUUCAUUGUCUACACGAUAGCUGACAUCCUAUAUUUCAAAGUGUCACGGAAUGAUGAUUUCAUUAACAAAAUGGUGUCAGAGUUACAGGACUUUUUUGAAAACUAUUUCAAAAAAACUUUAUUAGAAAAACGGUUUUACAAAUCAUACACUGAAUAGGCAGCAGAUUCUUCAAUGCCUAACAGUAGUUUCUAGGAAGUCCAAACCUAGAAAAGGGUCCGACCCAAAUCGUACAUGUAUUCAUAAUUUUCUCACAUCUAAGAUAAUUGUAAUUGUUUGAAUGUAUAAUUCAAAGAUUCUGUUAUUUUUGACAUUGUGAUUUAAACUGUACAGUGUAUGUUUACAUGUAGUAGAUGUACUAUUACAAGUAUUUAUGUGUGUGUGUGUAUAGACAUGUUGAGUUUUCAUCUAUUUUAUUUUUGUGGCAGAAUAAUAUUGCAACAUAACAAAUUGAUGAGAGAGUUUGAAGUCUGAUAAUAUUUAUGGGAGAGAAUACAUGUAUACAAUAUACAGUAUGCAAUGCAGCAAGAACAUUUAUGCAUUACAUGACACAAUGCAUGUUCUAAAAUUACACAACAUGUAACAGAUGAAAACAAUAUCAGAUGAUAAUUUUGUCUCUGUGCUGGUCAAAGGAUUACACAGAAUUUUGUAUGUUUUUCCCAAUCCAAUAAUUCGCUCAAUGUGUACUCGUUUACUUGAAAUCUUUCUGUCCUUCAUUACUAUGUUUCCACUCAUUCUAUUUUUUUUUCUGAAAAAUGUUGGAAUAUUUAUAGCAACAUUAAUAGGUGCA